AUGUCUUCUCAAGGCAGUAAAGUCUCUGAAGAUAGUAAAUAUUAUUCAAAAUACUUAAAGAAAAAAUUUAUAAACUGGAGCGGAAAUGAACAAAUUGAUGAUUUCAUUCAAGAAAUACAAUUAAAAAUUAAAGACCGUCAUGAUAUAGUACUUGAAUGGAUACCAUAUGAUCAAUUUUAUGAAAUUAAAGAGAUAGGAAAAAAUGGUUUUGUAACAGUAUAUUCAGCAAUAUGGAAGGAUGGUCCAUUACACAAGAAUUGGUUAAAGAAUAAAUAUACAAGAGAUACAAAUAAAGAAGUUAUUUUAAAUUGUUUAUAUUAUUCUCAACAUCUUAUUGAAUUCCUAAUAAAUGAGAUUAAAAAGUAUGUCUCAGAUUAUAUAAAUAAGCGUAAGGUUCAUACAAAAUUAUAUGGAAUAUCACAAAAUCCAAAUACAAAGGAUUAUAUUUUAGUUCAAAAUAAUUCCAUAAACUUCAUAAACUGGAUAUGCGGUAAUGAAAAGGUUGAUGAUUUUAUCCAAGAAAUUCAAUUGAAAAUUAAAGAACAUCAUGAUAUAGUAUUUGAAUGGAUACCAUAUAAUCAGUUUUUUGAAAUUAAAGAAAUAAGCAAAAAUGGUUCUAUGCCAGUAUAUUCAGCAAUAUGGAAUAAUGAUCCGUUACAUAAUGAUUGGUGGAAUAGUGUAUAUGUAAGAGAUUCAAUUAAAGAAGUAACUUUAAGCUGUUUACAUGGCUCACAAAAUCCAUUUGAAUCCCUAGUAAAUAAGGUCGAAGAGAGUUCUGCGAAAGGAUUUGGCAGUGAGAUAUAUGGAAUAUCUCAAAAUCCAAAUACAAAUGACUAUAUUUUG